AUGCUUCAGGGAUUAUAUGAUCUGGUACUCCGUCGUAACAUUCAAAUCCUAGACUUGUCUGGACAGGAAGGUUUUGUGGAUGUCACUGGGAGUAAUCCAUAUAAAUUAAUAUCUAUUGGUGGUGGAUUUAAGGCCAAUUCCAGCAUUGUGGUGACAACAACAAGAGAAGUUUUGUUGGUCGAGAGCACUACUGUUGGAAAGAAUAGGAGCUUCCACAUCUACAACAAGGAUCAAAAGGCUCGAGAGAAGGAUCGGAAGAAGCAAAGGGCUUUGGAGAAAGCAAAGCUAGGGGAGGAAGGGAAGACAAGCCCUAGAAAGAGUUCCUCGAAGAAGAAGAAUGGCAAUGAAGAAGAUAAUCUUUGCGAUUUCGUCAACCCAGAGACUCCUCUUGGCGAGAAGAAAAGGUUUUCUUCACUGAUGCCCAAGCAGUACUCUCCUUGUACGGUAGAGAAAUCAUGGUAUGAAUGGUGGGAGAAAUCGGAGUUUUUCAAAGCUGAUGCGAAGAGAUCUAAACCCAAGUUUGUGAUUGUUCUUCCUCCUCCCAACGUUACUGGAGCUCUGCAUAUUGGCCACGCACUAACUUGUGCAAUCCAGGACACUCUCAUUCGUUGGAAACGAAUGUCGGGAUUCGAGGCUCUGUGGGUUCCCGGGUUUGAUCACGCCGGUAUUGCUACAGAACAGGUGGUGGCGAACCAUCUAUGGCAUGAAACAGGAAUGACUAGGCAUGACUUUGGCCGUGAAGAGUUUUUAAACCAAGUCUGGAAGUGGAAGAACGAGUAUGGUGGUAAAAUACAGGCUCAGCUACGUCGCUUGGGAUCCUCUCUUGAUUGGUCCCGUGAGUGCUUUACACUGGACGAGCAGAGAUCAAAGGCUGUCACUGAGGCCUUUGUAAGGUUACACAAGGAAGGGCUUAUCUACAGGGCUAACCGGCUUGUUAACUGGGACUGUCAUCUAGCAACUGCCUUAUCUGACCGUGAGGUUGAGCAUGUUGACAUCAAAGGAAGAACACCAAUCAAAGUUCCUGGGUAUGACCAGCCCGUAGAUUUUGGUCUUCUCACUUCUUUUGCCUACCCUCUAGAGAGAGGAGGUGGUGAGCUUAUCGUUGCCACUACGAGGGUCGAAACAAUGCUCGGUGACACCGCUAUUGCUGUUCAUCCCGCUGAUGCAAGAUACAAGCAUCUCCACGGGCAGUUCGCUGUUCAUCCUUUUAGUGGACUCAAGCUACCAAUCAUCUGCGACGAGAAACUUGUCGAUCCAAGCCUUGGUACUGGCUGUGUGAAGAUCACCCCGGCACAUGACCCCAAGGAUUUCGAUGCUGGGAAACGCCACAAUCUCAAAUUCAUCAACAUACUCACCGACGACGGAAGGAUCAAUGCAAACGGUGGGCCUGAGUUCUCAGGGAUGCCACGUUUUACAGCUCGCAAAGCCGUUGUUGAGGCCCUGCAAAGGAAGGGCCUUUACAGAGGUGAGCACAACCAUGAGAUGCGGAUUGGUCUUUGCUCAAGAAGCAGUGAUGUUGCCGAGCCUAUGAUCAAGCCUCAGUGGUAUGUGAGUUGCAGCGACAUGGCAAAGGAGGCUCUUGAUGUUGCUGCAGACGGGAAGCUCCAGUUUAUACCUGAGCAUUACUCGGCAGAAUGGAGAAGAUGGUUAGAGAACAUAUGCGAUUGGUGCGUCUCGAGGCAGCUUUGGUGGGGUCAUCGCAUUCCUGCUUGGUACGCCACGCUUGAAGAAGAUCAGCUCCAAGAAGUAGGUGCCUACAACGACCAUUGGCUUGUUGCCAGGAACGAGGAAGAAGCCCGACAAGAGGCUGCACUCAAGUUUGCUGGAAAGAAGUUGUCGGAGCUCUCCCAAGAUCCUGAUGUCCUUGACACAUGGUUCUCUUCCGGCCUUUCUCCCUUAUCUGCUUUGGGAUGGCCAGACGAAACCGAGGACUUCAAAGCCUUCUAUCCAACCUCUGUUCUCGAAACCGGACAUGACAUUCUCUUUUUCUGGGUUGCUCGGAUGGUGAUGCUAGGAAAGAAAUUGGGUGGAGGUGAUGUUCCGUUCAGGAAAGUCUUUUUGCAUCCAAUGAUACGCGACGCACACGGGCGCAAAAUGUCAAAGUCUCUUGGAAACGGCAUUGAUCCGCUUGAAGUCAUCAACGGUGUAACUCUUGCAGGGCUUCACACGAGGUUAGAAAAAAGUAAUCUGGAUCCAAGAGAGUUGGUCGUUGCCAAGAAGGGACAGGUGAAGGAUUUUCCAAAGGGUAUCCCCGAAUGUGGCUCUGAUGCUCUUCGUUUUGCGCUCGUCUCUUACACGGCUCAAUCUGAUAAAAUAAACAUGGAUGUUCUCCGAGUUGUUGGUUACCGCCAAUGGUGCAACAAACUGUGGAACGCAGACAGAUUUGCGAUGAUGAAGCUUGGAGAUGACUACACUCCCCCUCCUCUGCACACUCUAAGCCCUGAAAUCAUGCCUUUGAGCUGCCAAUGGAUUCUCUCUGUACUAAACAAGGCAGUGUCAAAGACUGUGGAUUCAUUGAAUGCUUUUGAGUUAUCGGAUGCAGCCAACACAGUGUAUUCUUGGUGGCAGUACCAGUUUUGUGAUGUAUUCAUCGAAGCAAUCAAGCCUUACUUUUUUGCUGAAAACCCAUACAGGACGCAUGCACAAGCUGCUCUUUGGAUGUGUCUCGAGGCUGGCUUGAGGUUGCUUCAUCCGUUUAUGCCUUUUGUUACAGAAGAGCUGUGGCAGCGGUUGUCCUCGCCACAAGACUGUGAAAGGAAGGCAUCCAUCAUGAUUUGUGAUUACCCAUCUCCCAUAGAGGCGUGGACAAAUGAGAAGGUGGAAGCUGAAAUGGAGAUGGUUUUGGCGACCGUGAAAACACUUAGAACACUGAGAGCUGCAGAGACGCUAGAGAGACGUAGGAAUGAAAAGUUACAUGCAUUUGCUCUGUGUGGAAACGCAUUAACAGUGAAAACUGUACUGUCCUAUGAGCUGGAGAUUAAAACUCUGGCCAAUCUGUUAUCUUUAGAAGUUGUGUUGAAGGGAGAAGACAUAGCAGCCCAGCUUGGAUCUGUUGUUGUUGAAAUGGUGAACGAGAACCUCAAGGUGUAUCUCAAAGUGGAUGGAACAGCCAUGAAUGCAGAAGUUGAACGUGAAAAAAUCAGAAACAAAAUGGAAGAAAUACAAAAGCAAAAGGACAAGUUGGAGAAGGUUAUGAGGGUGAAUGGGUACGAAGAGAAGGUGCCUGCAAACAUAAAGGAAGACAAUUGGAGGAAGCUGGCAAAGCUUCUUGAAGAAUUCCAAUUUCUCAAUGACCGUAUUGAAUGA